ACUUAUGCCAUUAUCAACCUGCUUUGACACACACACAGCAGCGCUGAGCGCAGCCUGCCUGCCUUUCCAGGGUCGGGACUGGAGCCUCAAGAAACGACAAGAAGAAGCCAACAUCUGGCCGUACAUCAUGAGAGCACCCCGGAGCUUGUAGAAGGGGAGGAAAAAGACGACGAUAGGAGCAGUAAUACAUCCUCCCGGACGAGCUCUUCCACUCGCAUUCCCACUUGGUUGUCCCGUAAACAGCUUUUUUCACUUACGAAGAAGCCCCGGUUAUGAAGGAAGAAUGGAGUUCCCAGACCAUAGCCGCCAGUUGCUGCAAUGCCUGAGUCAGCAGCGUCACCAAGGCUUCCUCUGUGACUGCACUGUUCUCGUCGGGGAGGCUCGGUUCAAAGCGCACAGAGCUGUGCUGGCCUCCUGCAGCAUGUACUUCCACCUCUUCUACAGGGACCAGCUGUACAAAAGGGACGUUGUGUAUCUCAACAGUGACAUUGUGACGGCUCCGGCUUUCAGUCUCCUCCUUGAAUUUAUGUAUGAGGGGAAGCUGGAGUUUAGUGCGCUCCCCGUGGAGGAUGUUCUGGCCGCAGCCAGCUACCUCCACAUGUAUGAUAUAGUGAAAGUCUGCAAAGGCAAACUUAAAGAUAAGGAACUUUCCUCCCUGGAUGAGAAGUUAGGGGAGGGCCUGGGACUUGGCUGCGUAGACAGGGAGAACUCCUCAGAUGGUGAGCUGCACUGUAAGCAACUCAUUCAGCGACAUAUUCAGGGGCUCCAUAGGGCCCCCCCAGCAGAAGACUUUGACACAGACAACUGUGAAGUCAGGCUGGCUGUCACUGAUUCUGAUAGGUCCAUGCAGAGCAGGCAGAAGGCGAACGGUCACUCUGGCAGGUCCCCGGACCUUGUAGGUGUCAAUUAUAUGUCAGCGGAGGCCGAGACCUGCGUCCAAACAGCUGGAAAAACAAAAGCUGAUGUCAGUAGCUCCACCAUAUUGCUGUCCCAGAGGUCCUGCGCUUCAGAUGACAUGGACUGUGCGCUGGAUUUGUCUUUCAAGCCUCUGUCUAGCAGAGAUCUCUUACACCCCUCCUACGUCUCGGGACAGCUGGCCCUCGACAGCCAGCAGCAGGGCACUGAGCCACUUGUUAAAGACGAACACGACUUGCUGUCAGAGCAGGAGGACAGUGAGCCGAUGAGCCCUGAGAGCCAGCGCUUUGGGAAUAGUGCCAGGAGCUCAGUGGUGACAGGGUUCGCUGCCCUCUUCCCAGGCAACAACGGUGCUACAGCCGCCCUGCUCUCAAAGGAGGAGGACCUGAUGGACGAGGAGGGGGAGGCAUGCGGGAGGCGGGAGGGCGCCCCAGGCAGCGAGCCGGACAGGAGGGGCGGGCUCCUGGGGAACAGCGAAGAAGAGGAAGAGGACGACCUGGCCUCCUCCGACAUCUCCACCUCCAGCGGGGUGCUUCUACCUCCGGGGCAACAGGUGUGUGUGUGUCCCCUCUGCAGCAAAGUCUUCCUCAGCCCCCACGUGCUGCAGCUGCACCUCAGUUCGCACUUCCGUGAGAAGGACGGCGCCCGCUCCAAGCUGUCCCCGGACGGUUCCGUCCCCACGUGCAUGCAGUGCAACAAGACCUUCUCGUGCAUGUACACCCUGAAACGCCAUGAGCGCACCCACUCUGGAGAGAAGCCUUUCACCUGCGGCCAGUGUGGCAAGAGCUUCCAGUACUCCCACAACCUGAGUCGGCACGCAGUGGUUCAUACGCGUGAGAAGCCUCACGCCUGUAAAUGGUGUGAGCGGCGCUUCACCCAGUCUGGGGACCUUUACCGCCACAUCAGGAAGUUUCACUGUGGCCUUGUCAAAACUCUUGCCAUUGGAUAAAACACCUCUCACCAGUGCCAUGUCAGACAGAAUGUCCUUUCAUACACUGACUACUACUACUGAACCAUUUUUGCUGUUCUUAUACACAAGUUGACAGUUUUAUAAAGACAUAUCUUGAGUUUAUAAAGAUGUAGCAACUUUCAAACUGGAGCUGUUUCUUGUGCUGGACUAUGUCAGAGGCUGCUGAGAUUACUGGAUCUGUGUCAGAGAGAGUUCAACAAAUCAGAUGAUGCACUUGAUAUUUUCUGUGUUGUUUAUUGUCAAUCUGUUGAGUAUAUUUGCUGAAAGGUUCAAAUCCUUUAGGCAAUGCGUAAUGCUUACACACAAUCGUCAAGAGAGAAAGAGAAUGGGUUUUGUUUGUGCACAUGGGAGAUCAGAACCGUCCGUGAGUAGCAAUAUAUGAUUUUCUUUUAAGCGCCUACAUUAUUUUCUUAUUUAUUUUGGGGCUUUUUGUAGCCCUUAUGCUAUCAUGAAGCAGAAACACAAAUGAAUGACGUUUAACUACUGGAAGUUUGACUUUUUACUGUUUAGUUUUGGAAAUGAAGUUUUUUUUGUUGUAUGAAACGAAGCAUGCAGGCCAUCAUAUGUAUUCUUUUGCCUUUUUGAUGGCUUAAAUUUCCAGCUCCUUUAGUUUUGAGCACAUCUUGGUGGAUUGGCCUUAAAUUUGCUUCUUUAUUGACGGAACAGAGAUGAAAAGUAGCAGAGAUGCACCGAUCACGUGUCUCUUGAUCAAUACUGUUUUCAGUUUUCCCACAAGGUCUGUCAAUACUGAUUCUUGUCAGCUAUUUUGUAUCAUUCAGAACUAUAAUACGCUGAAGUACAAGUAGUCUAACAAAAACAUAGAGGAUUAUACAAAUAUCCAAAUUUUUUUGAUCAAAGCAUAUAGUCUUAACAUCUGUAUUUUUCUCUGAAUUAAACUGAACAAAGUGCACCAAAGCAAAUGCUGUCUAAGCAUUUACAAACAUAGAACACUUUUAGUUGCAUUUAUUAAGCAGGGGGGAAAAAAAAGCUCAUUAUUUGACCUACUGACCACCAGUAAGAAAAGACUGGGGAAACUGGCCUCUUUCAGCUAGCGACUGAUUGGUUUGUCGCUAGAAAUUUAAAUUAUAUUUAGACACUAAAUAUAAUCCAUUCAACAAAAAUAUUUAAUUGGAGAAGUUUCUCUAUAGGCAGCAGACAACAGCAGGAUUAUUUGUAUAACCUACCCAAAAACGGCUCGUCUAGUCUGUUUUUCUUAUACAAGGAUAUCACAAACCACAAACUGCCUGUAAUGUUUUUUAGUUUUAAUGCAUUUGAUGAAUUGCAAAAAAAAAAAAAAAAAAAAAAAAAGAUUUGUUUUCAAUGUUUGACAUGUUUAUUACAAAUUUGAGCAGAUCCAGGCCAGAUAUCAUUUGUGAUAUCUGGGUCUGGCCCAAAUGGAUCGGUGCAUCUGUAGUCCUUUAAAUUGUCAUAAUCAGAGACUAAAUAUAAUGUAUCCAUCUAAGAUAUUUUAUGGAAGAAUUUCGCUUUUUUUAAUUAAUUCUACGAGUUAAAUCAUCUGCACAAAAAUAAUCACAAAUCAGUUAGUCUGUCUUGUUUUUGUAUGCAAAAAUGGGACAGACCAAAAAUGUUUAUAUCCAUUUAAUAAAUAUGGGGGAAAACUGAUUUUCUACAGUAUGCAACUAUCCGAUCUGAUCAGAUCUGAUCAAGGGAAAUUGCCUGAUUUUCAGCUCAGUGCAUCUCUAGAAAGGUAUUAAACUAACGACUGUAACACUGUUGCCUAAUGAAAUUCCUAAUGAAAUUCCUAAUGUUUAAUCUAGUGUACUUCCUAAAUUAGCACAUGUUGCUAUGCUUUUAUUUUUUAAACUGUUGAAGCCUUCAAAAAACGUGGAUUAUCUUCAAAUGCCAAGUAAUAGCAAGUGUCUUAAAAAACUUAUCCAAAAGCAUUGCCAGUCACUGAAAGAAGGCAAUAUGUUCUAAAAUAAAUCUGGUUUGUUUUAUUGACUCUAUUGGGUCAGUUAUUUGGCUGGUAAAAGACCUUGUUAUUUUUUUGGUAUGAUACAAAAGGUACACUGAUGGUGCGGAAUCAAAAUUAGAAAGCAUUAAACAUUUGCCAUUUAGCUGCUCCUACUGAAUUUUCUCCUUGUUUUGCACCUCUGUAUGUAUCUAAGUUACUACUGAUGAAGCCUUCAUCUCUUUAUGGGCAGGAAAUGGUUCUGUUUGUUUAUGCAUAGGUGCUGUUAUGGAUUCUUAACUUGGAAGUAGCACUAAAAGUUCAAAAUAUUCAUCUAAUCUGUCCUGAAAAGACUUGAUCAGAACUUAUUUAUUAGUUGGACUUGGUUCAGGGUUUACUUUUAGGUGUUUGUUUUUGUUUUUUUGCCUAGCGAUUUUGGUACACAUUAACUGGUGUUGGGUCUGUCGGUUUGUUUUGUUUUUCUUUUUUCUCUGUGCAAAUCAACUUACUGUAAUCGUAUUUUAAUAUAUAAUGUUUUGGAAAAUCUCUCCAGAGUUUUCCAUAUGUCUCACAUGGAACACAGAGAAGCACUUCUUUUUAGCAUGCAUAUAAUUUCAACACUAUUGCCUAGGCUGCUAUUUCUUACUAUUUGUGUAUUUAAUGUAAAUAUAUAUUAUAUUUAUCAAAUGGGUUUGUUUUUCCCCCCAUAUCAGAAAGUGUGUGAGUUGACACAUCUUUUUCAGAGUUUGUUUCGUUCCCUACGUCCAGGGGUCUAUUGAGCUCCACCUUCUAGCUACAAAUCAUUUAGUAGUGCUCCGACUUCUGCUCUGACAGGUGAAACAGUUGUUCACAAGCACUGCCGCACCGAUACGCUACUGGCUACCUAUAGAAACCAGACAAUACAGGCAUUGUCCCCCCUCCAUCCGCCCCCUUCACCUCUUUUCCAAUUCCAGGUAGUUCUCAAGGGAUCAUUGUGUAUCUCUGUGCUCUCCAAAGCUAUGGGGAGAAAAGGCACUUCAGGCCUCUUUUUGCACUUUUUCUGGGUUGAAUGGAACCGGUGGAAUGUGAGAAAUGUAUUUAGCAAAGGCAGACAGUAAACAGGUGCAUUGUUUGAAGGCUUCAAAGCAUGUGGUGGAAAAAUGUCCAUUGUUCCCUGAUUAAUUUUUUUUUCUGGUCUUUAGAGAAAAUCAAAUGAAUUCAGAAACAGCUAUUGGCAUUUUUUUCUUACAAUGAGUAAGGAGGAGGAUUUUGCUUGGAAUUGCAAGAGUCUGUUGUUUUUUUCCCCCCGAUUCAAACCCAGCAGUGAUGCUUGAAUGAAAUAAAAACACUCCUUUUCACACACAUCACUUCUGAUAAGUGCUGGUAAAGUUCAUUUGAAAUGGAGCACAAAGGAAUGUAGAUUUUCUUUCCUUUUUUAAAGGAACCUUUCUGAUCCUCUAAUAUACAGCGGUAGAAUAACUAACAUGUAAAAAAUGAGAAAAAAAUUCUUGAUUUUGUUUGCUGUUUUUAUUUAUACCUCCAGGAUGAUCGCCAAAUGUGCCUUGUAGACACACAAAUCGGUGCUGCAUCUGGAGAAAAUCUUUUAAUUUCUAUCUUUUGUUUUUGCCUUACAGAAACAAUGCCCUGCUGAUAUUAAGAUAUUUAAGUAUUUUUGUUUCUUUUUUUUUUUUUUUAGAUAAAAUGUUUGGGCAAAACUAAAAAGCAUUCAUUAGUGAUUUAUUGUGAGAGAUUAAACCAAGGGGGUUGAAAUUUUGUGAAUAAAGUAGUUGUGGUUGUGUUAAAUUGAAGUCACAUUUGUGUUUAAUUUUUUAAGCCAAUACUACUGGAAAUGAAUCUGUUUCAUUUGUAUUUUUAUUUUUAUGUCACUGUUGAAUGUGAAACGCAGAUUUUUUUUCUUCUUCUUCUUGAAACAGGGAUAUGUUUGCCCCUCAUGCUGUAUGUCUUUCAAGUCGAAAGCAAAUCACUGGAAUUGUGUCCUCUGCAGGUUACAACUGUGAAUAAUCAUGAAAAAUAUUUAUUUCAUAUGCUUCCUGUAUGACAUUUUAUUCUUGGUUUUGAUUUGGCUCAUUUGAGCAAAAAAAAAACAAACAAAACACUUCUACAUGUCAAACACAUACAUUUUCAAUAGACUUUUUAGAAGUGCCAUUAGAAUCUAAUAUAAUUUUUAAAAUGAAAGUAUAUUUUCUAGCGAGCAGUUGCUUCAGUGUUAGCGGUGUAGAGAUUUAGAGGACAAUCUUUGUGCAGAAUUGGCAUUGCUUAGAUACUGAGACAAUUUUACUUUGAUCUUUAAUUGUGCAUUUUUCUCUGUUUGGGCUUUUGUUUUUGGAGUGUGACUGUGUGAGUGUGCUGUGAAAAUGUGACAAUCUUGAUUUAGGUCUUUUAUUGAGAUUCUACAUAGAAUUAAAUGGAACAACUUUA